AUGAAAAACUUAAGCGACUCCAACAUAAAUGCAAACUCUGACAAAGAGCUCGAGUCCAUUCUCCACGCUGCCAGAGAGAGCUACCACAAGCGCAUCAAUUCUUUACGACAAUCCUUAAAAACGUCUUAUUCAGAAGUCCACAACGACGAACUUCUCAUAACUUUAAAAGAAGACCCAGCAACUGAAGCAUUUGUCCCUUUAAGAAUUAAAGAACUUAACGAAGACCGGGCUAUCAAAGAAAUGAUAGAAGGACUUAAAAAAGAAUUAAGCAGCUGUCUCACUGAAAUCCAGCUGCUUAAAAGUGAUAAAAGUAAGCUGGAAACAAGCCUAGAGCGCCAACAGGAAAAUCUGGAUAUAGAAAGAGGAAAAUUAAUAGACCUUGAGGCUGAGAGAAGGCAGCUAAAAGAGAAUUUGGCAAAUACACAGUCUAUAUUGGAAGAGCAUAAAGAAAUUUUGGACCAAAAAUCGUCUGAGCUACAAGAUGUGCUUAUGCAAAGCAAAUUUGAAUCAGAAAAGUUUAUUCAUACGUUGGAAAAUAAUGAAAAAGAAAAUUUUAGACAGAGAUCAGAGCUAGAAAUAUUGAGGCAGCAGAUGGAAAGAGAUUUUGAGUUUCGAAAUGAUUUAAAAAAUCAGCUAAAAGAGUCAAGAAAUAACGAAGCACAACUCCAAGAAUCUUCGAGGAAAUGAAAAGAAAGAUGCCAAGAAAAUGAAAUUAUGAAUAAUGAGCUAAAAGACAAGCUGAAAGACGCAGAAAUAGAAAUAAAUAAACUUGCUGGAGAAAUUGAGAAUUUAAAUGAAGAAAAAAAUUUAUUAGCUAAAGAUUUCGAAGAUUAUAGAAAAAUAGCUGAAGACACAAAAAUCUCACUGCAAAAUGACUGGAAAAAAGAAAUUGAGACACUUUCAAAGCAAAACCACGACAAAGAAAAAAAAUUAAAAAGUGCUUUAAAAAAAGAAAAAGACCACAGAGGCAUUUUAGAAGAAAAAUUCAAUGAGCUAAGGCUGAGCUUUGAGCACCUGCAAGCACAGUGUUUCAGUGACAGAGAGAGAUUUGAGAUGAAAAUAAAAGAAGUCGAAACUUACUAUGAGCAGCAGAUUAAUUCAAUUCAUGAGGAUUAUGAAUUAAAACUAAAAGAAAUGAAAGACAAGCAUGAUAAAGAAAUUUCGGAUUUAAAUUUAAGUAGCCAAAAUAGGCUUGAUAAAAAGCAAAAAGAAUUUGAGUCACAUGUGUCAGUCUUGAAAUCAGAGUAUGAAGACCAAAUCCAAGAUUUCGAAUAUAAGCUUGCUCAGCAUAAAAAUAUGCUGGAAAAUGAUUAUAUGCCGAAAAAAUCACAUAGUGAUUUAAUUACAGAAAAAUCAAUUGAGCAGAAAUCACAGUUUCAAAGAGAUUUGCAGAGCCAAGAGACUAGUUUAAGGAAUGAACAUAGGAAGGAGAUUAAAAGACUUAACCAGCAGCAUGAUAAUAUGGUGCAGGCUUUGAAAGCUAAACUAUACUGAAAUAAAAUGAAUGGGGCAAGUUUUGCUAGAAGGCUCAGACUAUUAGGUUAUUAAUUAAAUAGUAUAGCUCAAACAGAAAAUGAAAAAAUGGAAGAGCUGAGGAAUAAACUAAACUUGCAGAGUUUGCUAGAAAUUGAGACAUCAAAAUGUGCAGCUUUUAGGGAAAAAUUAAUAAAAUUAGAAGAAAGAUUAACUGAACUAGAAGAGUUGAAGCAAGAAAACUUAAGGACUUCUGAAAAAAAUAGCGAAAAUUUAAGAAAAAUCAAAGCUGAGCUGAAUUUGUCACAAAAUAUUAAAGAUGAUUUAGAGAUAAGAUACAAAGAAUUGCUAGACAAAAAUAGUUACCUAGAAAAAAUAGCCCAAGAUAAAGACACUUCAAUGAAAAAAUAUAUUGACUUAGAAAAAAGUCAACAUUUAGACAGAAGUCAAGGAUUUGAUGAAGAAGUAACUAGGCUAGAAGAAAGCGUCGAAAAGCAAAAAGACGAAAUUGCUUAUUUAAAACAGACGAUAUAUUCACUAGAAAAAGAUAAAAAAGAAGCAGCCAUAACAAUGCAAAAAUUAAUCGAAAAAAAUCAAUUUGAAAUAUUAGGACUAAAAGAUUCAUAUAGAGAGCAGCUGCAUUCAGCAUCAGAAAAUAUCGAAACUUUAAAAAUCCAGCUUAAACAGUCAGAAAAACAGGUAAUUUCUGUUAAAAAUGAUCUAGCUAAAAGCCAAGAAAAUGAACGAAAUUUUAAAGCUGAAAUUGAAGAUUUUCAUGAGGAUUUACAAAAAAGCAUAGCAAGAAUAAAAGAAUUUGAAAUAAAUGAAAACCAUUUAACUGAAGAAAACGAAAGACUCAGCCAGUCACUAAUUAAAUCAAAGAUUAAGCAACAAAAAUUAAAUAACAAAUGGAAAAGAUUUAUUUAUAAAUUAAAAGAAAGAUAUAUCCAAGAAAUAAUGGCAAUGCAAAAAGAAACAUUUGAUAAUUUGGCUGAAUUUAAAAAAUAUUUCAAUUCCACAAUUUCUGAAUUAGUAAAAGGAUUAAAUAGCAAAGCAAGUUUUUCAAUUGGAAAAUUAAUUGAAAAAUUGGAGAAAUCAGAAAAUCGUGCCAAUGCUUUGCAGAAAGAAUUAAGUGAGAUAAAUGCAUUAAAAGAAGAAAAUAUAGAAAGAAAUAUGCAGGAAAGAAAUAUGGAGAAAGAAGAAUUUAAAGCAAAAUUCUCUCAGCUGCUGAGAGAAACUGAAAUAAAAGACGAGAAAAUAAAAUACCUCGAAGUUUCUAUAGAAGACUCUAUCUAUAAAAAUAAGCAGCUAGAAAAAGACAAAAGCGAGCUCAGACUGCUUAUCCUUAAAAAAGAAAACGAGCUCUCAGAAACCUACAACAACUCUUUAUUCGAAAAAUCCUAUAUCGAAAAAAACCUUAGCCAGCAGCAACAAAAAGCAAAAUUUUAUUUAGAAGAAAAAUAUAAAGAGACUUUAAGCAAAUUAAUAGCCCAAAUCCGCAGCCUUGAAGAGUCUACACAAAACCAAUUUAAUGAAUAUAUCAAUGAGAUUUCUUUAUUAAAAGAUGUCCAUAAAGAAGAAAUUGAAGAAGUAAAAUCAAACGCCUCAGAGCAGAUAAAGCAAAAUAACUCGCUAAUUUUGCAAGCUAAAGGGUCAAUUGAAUGAUAUAAGAACCAAUUGUCAAUAGUAGAAAGUGACCUGCAGAAGCAAACAAAUAAAUUUAAAGAGGAAACUGUGAAUUAUGACAAAGAAAUAGCUACAGUGAUGCAAGAUUUAAAAAAUGAACAGAAAGCGAAAAGAGACCUGAAAGCAGAAACGGGGAAAGAGAUAGAGAAUUUGGUGAGAGAAAAUAGGCAGCUAAAGCUAGAGCUAGAAAGAGUUAAAAUAAACUAA